GGACAUCUGUUUUGGGACUCUAGCGGGCAAUUGCACUUGGUGUUUAAAGGAAGAGAUGGCAAUCAUGCGUUUCUUACCGUAUCGUUCAAAAGGUUCGUGCAAAACUCGUCCUCAGCAAAAGCCCCAGCAUUCAGCCGCCAAACCCUGAACAUCAUUGCCAUCGACCUAUCAGCAAGAAUGUCUCGUCAGCUCAUCUCCAGCGAUAAGUUCCCCACUAAGCCACACAACUGCCCAGCAACAAAGGUCCCUGGUCUGGUUUUUUGUGCCGGCCAAACAGCCACUGGAGAGAUCAAGCAAGCAACAAGAACGGUACUGCAGAAUCUAAAAGAAGUACUUGAACUCUCAGGUUCUUCACUCGAGCAAGUUGUUAAGUACAACGUGUACCUUGCCGACAUGAAGGACUUUGCUGCCAUGAACGAGGUGUACAUCGAGUUUCUGCCGCAGCCAAUGCCGUCGCGCUCAUGUUUGCAAGCUCUGCCUCCAGGCGAUGGCACAGUGAUUGAGAUUGAGUGCAUUGCGCAGGCUUGA